AUGUCCACGCAAACAGAGGUACUCGCCAGGUUUAGAGAAAUCAUUGCAAUUGACGGUUGGGACGCUACAUGGUCAGUGACACCAUGGGAAGAGUUGGAUGGACGAGAGAUCCAACCUCCUUUGCAAAAUAUUAUCGAAUCCGAUAGGGUGGAAUGGCCACGACAAGGUCAAGCGCUCGUCCCAGGCUGUGGAAGGGGUAACGACGCGAGGUUCAUCGCGGCCAGUCUGGGACUAAAAGUUACUGGCAUCGAUAUAUCUCCUACGGCUGUCGAGGCAGCCCAGCAGGAAACUCCCCAGGAGAACGUAUCAUUCCGUGUUGGGGACUUUUUCGCGCCGACAGAUGAGCAGUUCGACUUGAUAUACGAUUACACAUUUUUCGUAGCCCUUCCCCCGCCGAUGCGCCCUGAGUGGGGAAGACAGAUGGCUAAGCUCGUCAAGACUGGCGGAUUCCUGAUUACCUUGGUGUUCCCAAUCGAUCCGCAGGUGGACUUUGGACCGCCUUUUUUCGUGCGGCCAAACCAUUAUGAAGAGGUUCUUGGAUCAGUGUGGGAGAAAGUUAUUGACGAGGUACCCGCUGUGAGUUCAGCCACUCACAUAGAUCAGGAGAGGAUUAUAGUUUGGAAACGCCUCUGA